AUGCCUCGCAUCACCAGACAGUCCACCGGCCUUGCCCUAAACCAACCAGGCAUUCAGAUAUUCUCCAAGGCAACCAAGCCUGGUGUUGCACCGCAACUUCCUGCCAAAAAAGCUAUCUCCCUUCCAGUCUCACCAUCCAAGAAGCGAAAACUGCAGGAACUCGAGAAUUUCGACAGUGCAACUGUGACCCCCGUCGAGGACGCCCAAACCCCUUCCAAGACUCUGAAGCUCAGCCAAUUAUUCGUGUCUUCCCCGCGGAGUGGUCACUAUGCCACCCCGAAACGAACCCCCAGUCGACGCAAUCAUAUUUCUGUCAAUGUUGAAUCCCCCCUGACGCCCAACACUCCCUCAAAGCAACGCACCUUGAAUUUUGCCCCGAUACCAAAAGAACCGAAACUUGCACCUCGCGCCCCCUGUGUCAAUGAUUUCUUGGAUCUUCACUCUGCUUUUGUCCAGUCUCUCUCCGUUCACGCUGCACACAACGGCCCGUCGACUCCCCCGGAUCUCCGUGAAUUUCUACCCAGCAUCACCCGGAUAUGGAAGAAGCGCAAGGUGCAGAUCAAGGACCUGCAACGCCUCGUGUGGGUUUGGGACCACAGUUUGAUGGCAAAGGACACGUCUUACCGUCUGGCGAACUACGGUCUUGGAAAAGUGUGCCUCGAGCGGACUGGGCAGAUGGAUCAACCUGCCGUCUUGCAGGACUCGUUCGAACAGGCAUUGGACCUGAUCUGGGAGAAAUCCGAAGAUACAUUGAAGAUUGCAACCGAGGAAGAACGUCCAUCAAUCUUUCUCGAGACUUUGGGUCUUGCAACCAUCCAUGAAUCACUUACCCCUUUCACCGCAUUCCACAAGGGCCAACAGAGACUCCAGGAUCUACGAGGUGGUGUUAUUCGCAUGAAGAAUGAGAAGAUGCUAUCGGGAAAGGAAAACAUCGGUCCCAAGACAGUGGCCGCAACCACCAACCGCCGCCAGGGCCUACUGGACCGCAUCAAGGGCAAGCAGCUGCGUCAGUCCAAGCUCCCGCCUCCACCGACCAAGACUGAAAUCACUCGUAUCUCCGCUGCCGACCGUGCGGAGGAAAUUGCUGGUAUUUUAGGCAUGCUCCGCCCAGCAGGCUACGUGGGUACAGGCAUAAAAGCCAUGCUCGCCGUCCAACGCAAACCAUACAAGCUCGAGACGAUCGUGCAACACAUUCGCGAUUCCGUCCGACAUCCCGUCCCCCAAGAUGAAGUGGAGAUGUGCAUUGAGAUCCUGGCAGAUACCCGCGUCGCAGGUAGCUGGGUCAACCUCGUUACCAUCAACGAUAUGAAAUCCGUCGUUUUGAAGUCCUGCAAGGAUAUCGCCGCCAAGGACCUCGGGGCCAAGGUGGCUAAGUUGAAGGCUGACUGGGUCAAGCCUGCGUGUGUCCAGACUCCUGUUAUAAACAUUUGA